GCCAUGAAGAGCUUUAAAUUCCAGAGCUGCACAGACAACAGAUGUACUUGUGAGAGACACAGACAGAAGGACUGCCCAGCCAUCAGUUUGGGAUCAUGUUGUACCUUGUGGUUGUGCUGGUUCUAGGGUGCCUCAGCCAGGAGGUGUUGGGGUGCAGCUGUGGACGUAGGCACCCCCAGUCUGCAUACUGCAGUGCAGAUUUUGUUAUUCGAGGGAGAUUCAUUGGAAAGACCCAGUACAAGACAGAAGAGCAGGGCAGAGUGAAAUAUGAGAUCAAAACUACUAAGAUCUUUAAGGCCCCUCAAGGAAUGGACGACAUACAGUUUCUCAGCACCCCAUCAAUGGAAAGCAUGUGCGGCUACGAGCACGUCCUCUCCAACAAGAGCCAGGCCUUCCUCAUUACAGGGCAUGCGGUGAAUGGUAACUUGGUAAUCGACCAGUGUAACUUCAUUGUUCCUUGGGCCUCACUAACUACCGCCCAGAAGAGGGGCUUCGAGGAGGUGUAUCGCAAAGCCUGUUCCUGCAACAUCGUCCCCUGCUAUGGUGGUAGCUGCUCCCUGGAGUCGGACAGCCAGUGCCUUUGGACCGAUGUACUGGUGCACUGGCAGGAGCCCCUCAAUGGCUCCCAGUCCAAAUACAUGGCCUGCGUUGACCAGGGCAAUGGUCUGUGCACAUGGGAGUCCCAGAAGCCCAGCGUCAUCGCUGCUAGGAAUAAAGAGGCACAGUCUGCUGCCACAGCACAAUAAUCUUCCUGGGCGAGUUCAAGGGGAUGAUGGGAGGAAGGGGCCACUCGAAGGAGAAGUGUUUUGUAUAUGUGAAUGCAUAUUCUUUUUGUACCAGGGGGAAAUAAAUGUCUCUUUAUGUUUUUUCUA